AUUUAUACUAUUAGCAGCAAUUAUUAAUAUUAAUAUGGUACUGUUAGUUUAAUUAACUAUUAAAUUUAUAAUUAAGUUUAGGAUUAUAACUAAUUUAUAUAAAUAAUGUAUUCUAUAACAUUAAUUGUAUUAUCAACAUUUAUUUUAGUAAAUGCAAAAAAUCCGUGUGUGCACAGAGAUUAUGGAAAGGGAGGAACGGUAUGUGUUUGUAAUGCAACAUAUUGUGACACAUUUGACAAAAUCGAGAAAACUUCGUCCGGAAUUAUAACACGAUUUGAAAGCAAUAAAAACGGUCUCAGAUUUGAUAAAUCGUUAUUAAAAUUCAAAAAACAAUUAAAUAGUUUUACGCAAAAUAAUGGAAAGACAAUUCAAAUCAAUAGAAAUAAGACAUUACAGGAAAUUAUUGGUUUCGGCGGCGCUUUUACAGAUGCGGCCGCUAUUAAUAUAUUCAGUUUGAAACCACAAUUAUCUCAGAGGAUAAUCAAUGAUUACUAUUCAUCAGAUGGCUUAUCAUAUACUAUGGGACGGAUACCUAUCGGUGGCAGUGAUUUCUCAACACAUAAAUACACUUACGAUGACUUAGACAAACGGGAAGACUUGGAACUUAAGAAAUUCAAUCUAACAAAUGAAGACUUGAAAUAUAAGAUACCAUUAGUAAAGUUAGCUCUAAAUGUAAGCUCAACUAUAAAACUAUUUGGUAGUCCAUGGAGUGCACCGGCAUGGAUGAAGACUAACAAUGAUAUUGCUGGGAAAGGUAGUCUUAAAGGAGAUGCCGGUGGACCUUAUUAUAGAUCAUGGGCUCAGUAUAUUGUUAAAUUCUUAAACUCAUACAAAUCAAAUGGGAUUGAGUUUUGGGGUUUAACCGUUCAAAAUGAACCAAUCGAUGGACAAAUACCCGGCUUUCCAUUCAAUGCAAUGGGAUAUACAGCCGAACAGGAAAGAGAUUUUAUAGCUAAAGAUUUGGGUCCGACAUUGAAAGCCGCCAAUUAUGGUAUCAAUAGAUUGAAACUAAUGAUUAUCGAUGACAAUAGAAGUUCAGUAAACAAAUGGGCAAAUGUUAUACUUAACGAUAGUUCUAGCGCUCAGUUUGUAUCGGGAAUUGCAUUUCACUGGUAUAUGAACGCCGCGAGUCCGCCCACAGAGUUAGACAAAACAUAUCAACAAUUUCCUAAUUAUUUCAUAUUAGCUACAGAAGCGUGUGAGGGAUGGUCUCCUUUUGAAACAGUUAAGGUCUCACUGGGAGACUGGGGUCGGGCAGAGACCUAUGCUUACGAUAUCAUUACUGACUUACAACACUAUACGAGUGGUUGGAUUGACUGGAACUUAGCGCUCGACACAACUGGUGGUCCAAAUUGGGCCAAAAAUUUUGUCGAUUCACCCGUUAUUGUCAACUCAACAGCUAAUGAAUACUACAGACAACCAAUGUUUUACAGUUUGGCUCAUUUCACCAAAUUCUUGGAACCGCUUUCAAGAAGAAUACAGACCACAGACACCGGUACAGACCAGUUGCAGACCAUAGCCUUUGUAACACCCAAUCAGUCAGUUGUGGUCAUCGUUUUGAAUCGUCUCAACGAUACCAUUCCGCUUACAUUAGUUGAUCCCGAAUUGGGAUCAGUUGAGACCAAUGUUCCGCCACAUUCUCUGCAAACUUAUGUUUGGUAUAAAUGAUAAAUUUUUUGACAAUAAAAACAUAUAUAUAAUGAUAAUAUUAA